AUGGCCGGUCGAUUGACACGAGGGUUCUUUCAUCGCGAUUUAUCUGGAAUAGAAGCCGAAAAACUUCUUCUCGAAAAAGGCAUUCCGGGUAGUUUCUUGGUGCGACCAUCGACAACAAAAUCUGAUGCAUACGUUCUUUCAGUUCGACGAGCUAAUGAUACCAUUACUCACAUACGUAUUCAACGAACAAACGAUGGAUUUGAUCUAGGCGAACGUCAAGAAUGUUUCUCGACUUUGUACGAUAUGAUCGAGCACUAUCGACAUAAUGUUAACGAACUUCGAGAGAAAAAUAAUGAAAUUAUUGAACUCACUGUACCGAUUCUUGCUCAGAUGCCGACACUUGAAAAAUAUUAUCAUGGUCCGAUAUCUCAUUCUCAAACGGAAUCGAUUUUAAAUGCAUGCGAUCAGAUAGGUCUCUUUCUCGUACGGGAUUCGGAAACAAUUCCAGGCGACUAUGUCAUUUGUGUCAAAACACAACAUGGUAUUUCAAAUAUAAAAAUCAAAUGUGUCAAUGGUGAAUGGUUUCUCGAUGGCAAAGGUCAACGUGAACAAAUCGAUCGUUUUAAAUCAUUAGACGACUUAAUACAUUUCUAUUUAAAACAUAACAUCCUCGUUGCAACCAACGGUGCAGCGUUUCGUUUAGUACAACCGUGCACGGCGAACUGGUUUCAUGCACGUGACAUUCAUCAGCGUUGUGAGCAUUUAUCAAAAUUAGUUGCCACUCAACAUGGACAUCGAACAGGCUUUAGUUUGGAAUUUGAGUUGUUGAACCAACAAUCAGAAUAUAAAUCACUGAUGUACCAUAAACGGCACGGAGAGAAAGCAGAUAAUCGACCAAGAAAUCGAUUUAAGAAUAUUUUACCUUACGAUGAAACACGAGUUAUUCUUAAAAAUUAUCCUGUCACUGAUUACAUCAAUGCCAAUCGAAUUCGUCCGCCUAUUGAAAGUCUCGGACGAGAAUACAUUGCAACGCAAGGACCGUUGCCAGCAACACUCAAUGAUUUCUGGCACAUGGUCCAACAGGAAACAGUUCGGUGUAUCGUCAUGAUUACUCGAGAAACUGAAGGCAUGAAAAAUAAAUGUGCACGAUAUUGGCCUGAAGUAUAUACAGUCAAAACUUACGGUUCUGUAACAGUUGAAAACUUAAAUGAAUCAAACUAUGGCCCCGCUCAAACUCCCAAUAGUACAUCACGUGCUCUUCGAUCAUUACCAUCAGCUGGCCAUCAACUACCUCAACAACCAUCGAAUGAUGAUGAUUGUUACUAUCGUUUGCGUACACUGAAAAUUACGACCGAGGAGGGUCGAAGUUGGGAAAUACUUCAUUGGCAAUAUUUAGCCUGGGGAGAUCAUGGCUCACCGCUGGUAUCAAAUCAACAGGAUAAUGUUCAAUUGGGUGUUCUUCUUGAGUUCUUCGAAAAAAUCGGUCGUUCCAAUCCAACAGCAGCUGAACCAUGUACAUCCCCGAUGAUCGUUCAUUGCAGUGCAGGUAUUGGCCGAUCGGGUGCAACGAUUGCCAUUGAUAUGAUACUCAAUCGAAUUCGUGCAGAAGGCUUUGAUAUUGAAAUUGAAAUACCUGGUCUCAUAACACACAUUCGUUCACAACGAUCAGGUCUUGUUCAAACUGAACGACAAUAUGAAUUUAUUUAUCGAGUGAUUGAAUAUUUUAUUGAGCAACAUAUGAAACAAUCUUCAUAUCCACCAGAGUAUAUGAACAUGAGAUGA